UGUGCGAAACUUUGUCCAGGGCGGAGGGAGGGAGACCCUAGAAAGAGAGAACUCAGUGAAGCUUCGGAGAGGCUUAUUUGCUCACAGAUCACAAACCGCUGUGCUCUGAAGUUGAGAAAAAGAGUUUCGGGAGGAAUCGACUUGAAAGUUGAGCAGGAAGAUCUUUUCUGGAGAAAGCCCCUUCUUUCACUCGGGCAAGCACUUCCUGUUUCUUUUUUGCUCCGCAGCUGUGAUGCACCUUGUAAACAGAUUCUAUCUAGUCAUGGGUGAAAAUUGAGUGCUUUCAACCAUCAUAUUGUCCACCUUGAAGGAUACUUAGUGGCUGUGUUGUUCUGAGUUGCCUUGGAGGACUGAUUCAGCAUUGUUUUAUAAUCUGCCUAGCUGUCCACCAGCCCUUAAGAAAGAAACGUCUCAGAGGAUAAGACAGAAAAAGAUACAAGGGCAACACAAUGGCCUCAACAGGUCUGAUGGAUGUACAGAAGGAGGCCACUUGCCCUGUCUGCCAAGAGCUUUUGACAGAACCUCUGAGUCUAGGCUGUGGCCACCGUAUAUGCCAAGCCUGCCUUACCAUGAACAAGAAUGCAGUGAUCAACUCCAGAGGGAAAAGCAGCUGUCCUGUGUGUGGUACGAGAUUCUCAUUUGAAAAUCUACAGGCUAACAAGCAUCUGGCAGAUGUAGUAGAGAGACUCAGUGAAGUCAAGUUGAACCCUGGCAUUGGGAAAAAGAGAGAUCGCUGUGUACACCAUGGAGAGAAACUCCUUCUCUUCUGUAAGGAGGACAAGAAGGUCAUUUGCUGGGUUUGUGAGCGUUCUCAGGAGCAUCGUGGUCACCACACAUUACUCCUGGAGGAAGCAGUCAGAGAAUGUCAGGAGAAUCUCCAGAAAGCUCUCAAGAGGCUGAGGGAGGAGCAGAAGAAGGUGGAGACAUUGGAAGCUGACAUCAAAGAAGACAGAAUUUCCUGGAAGCACCAGAUCCAGACGGAGAGACAAAGGAUACAAACAGGCUUUAAUCAGCUUAGAAGAAUCCUGGACAAGGAGGAACAGAGAGAGCUGGGAAGACUUGGAGAAGAGGAACAGAUGAUACUAGACAGCCUGGCAGGGGCAGAGGCUGAGCUGGCUCAACAGAACCAAUUGGUGGAGGAACUUAUCUGGGAUCUAGAGCGGCGGCGUGAGUGGCCAGACACAGAGCUGCUGCAGGAUAUGAGUGGUAUCUUGAAAUGGAGUCAGGUCUGGACACUGAAGAAGCCAAAAGCAGUUUCAAAGCAACUGAAGAUGGUAUUCCAAACUCCUGAUCUGAGUGGCAUGCUACAAAAGUUUAGAGAGCUAACAGCUGUCCGUGCCUACUGGGCGGACUUCACGUUUAAUCCAAAAAACCUAAAUUUGAAUCUUAUUCUUUCAGAAGAUCACAGACAAGUGACAUCUUUGUCCAUUUGGCCCUAUAAGUGUUGUAAUAAUGGGAUCUUGGGCUCCAAAUGUUUCUCCUCAGGAAAACAUUACUGGGAAGUAGAUGUGUCUAAAAAGAAUGCCUGGACCCUAGGAGUUUACACUAGAAAACGUACUUUAAAGUUUGAUGUCAGAGGAGGCAAAAGUCAGUCAAAUGGUUACCAUAGAUACAAACCUAAGAAUGGCUACUGGGUUAUAGGGUUACAGGAUGGAUCGAGGUAUAGUAUCUUUGAGAAUUCUUCCAACCGUGACCCUACAGUUCUGAACCCCUUUGUGGCCACCCCUCUCCAUCGGGUUGGGGUUUUCCUUGACUGUGAAGAGGGCAUAGUGUCCUUCUUCAAUGUCACAAACCAUGGGUCACUCAUUUACAAGUUCUCCCAAUGCUGCUUUUCCCAACCUGCCUAUCCCUAUUUCAAUCCCUGGGACUGUCCAGCCCCUAUGACCCUGUGUCCUCGAAACUCCUGAGUUUGCUCAUUCUCAUCAAUUUCUGGUCUGUCUUCUUGCCUUGAUGCUCUCAUAUUCUGAAUGUACCUGUGCUGUUAAGGCACCUCUUCCCAUGGUCUCCCUUAGUCAUGCUUGGGUGUGGUAUAUCUGGCAUCAUUUAGAAGAGAAGCUUACCAUUUCCUCAAAGACAGCUAAUCAAGCCUAAAGCUAGGUCAGUAUAACAUCCGUGCCCUCAGACUUCUACACUUCCCUUUGUCUUAAAGAAAGGUAACAAAGUCUCUUAGCCGCUAACUCAUCCCUGCUGUUUAAGACAAUCCUUAAGAACUGGCCCCUGACCACAACUAACAAGUUUUUGAACAGUAUGUUGCUCAGGAUACCUCACUUUCAACAGGAAGUCAAGGAAUAGAAAAUAUGAACAGCACCUGUAGCCUAGAGUUGAGGUUAUGUCUAGUAUAAAAAUUCAAAUUCGGCCUCUUACAUACUAAUCAAGUCCAAGGUUCUUAACCUGAAAAUUGAAGUGCAUCUGACUUAAGAUCAUUGUAUGAAACUAGAUAUCUGUAAAUAUAAAAUACUCACUUGACUGUUGUACAUAAUAAUAUAUGGGCCUACAGUCCUUUGUACUCAAUGAAAUAUUUUGUGGGAUGUUUGGAGUGCUUUAAAUACCUGUUGUCUUCAAAUGCUAGUUUUACUUCCUUGACACUUUAAUUCCAUAUGUAUAACCUCAUGUGGAGUAGGUCUAAUUAAAAAAAAAAAAAGGUUGGUCUUC